CGGCUAGCUUCUAGGCUAGCAAGUUUUCCAUCGCUGAAGUCUUCGCCGUCGGGACCAUAGAAGCUACCAUACCAUAGUGGAGUUUUUAGUUUGUUGUGGUAUGGAGUGAAGAUGGCUCCUUUUCCCGACGAGGUGGACGUUUUCACAGGCCCACACUGGCGUAUGAAACAGUUGGUGGGUCUGUAUUGUGAAAAGCUCUCGAAAACCAACUUCUCCAACAACAAUGAUUUCAGAUCGUUUCUGCAGUCACUUUGUGCUACCUUCAAAGAGUUCAAGAUGCACGAACAGAUCGAGAAUGAGUGCAUCAUUGGACUGCUGCAACAACGCAGCCACACAGUCUACAAUGUGCACUCAGACAACAAGCUUUCAGAGAUGUUGUCACUCUUUGAGAAAGGACUCAAGAGUGUCAAGAGCGAGUACGAGCAGCUGAACUAUGCCCGACAGCUGAAGGAGAAACUGGAGGCUUUCACUCAGGACUUCCUUCCCCACAUGAAGGAGGAGGAGGAGGUGUUCCAGCCCAUGCUGAUGGAGUACUUCACCUACGAGGAGCUGAAGGACAUCAAGAAGCAGGUGAUUGCCCAGCACUGUCGCCAGCAGCGCUGGGACUGUGCAGCCGAGGUGCUCAAAGGCUUCAGCCUGCUCAACCAGGCCGAGGAGCUGCACAAGGCCUUCAAGUACUUGGACCAUGAGAAGACAGAUGACGAGUUGGAGAAGGGGUCCGGAUCGGCCCACAUCUCCCAGCUUCCCGUGGAGGUUCUGCUAAAGCUGUUUAGAUAUCUUGGCCCAGAAGACCUGUGCCGCUGCGGGCAGGUUUGCACCAACUGGUCAAAUGUUGCCAAGACUGGCUCUCUCUGGAGGCACUUAUACCCAGUCCGCUGGGCAAGAGGCGACUACUACCACGGCCCCCCCGGUGAGCUGGAUCAGGAUCCAGAGGAGGAGUGGGUGAAGAACCUCAAAGACGAGGGUCGAGCCUAUCAGGAGUGGGAUGAAGAUGCAGACGUGGAUGAGUCUGAAGAGGCCUCAGAGGAAAGUCCAGCCAUUAAUGCAGUCCAGCGAGAGAAGAAGCUGUUGAAUGGGAUGAUCCAGAACCUUCUGCCCAUCGUGGGGUCUUCCGUCAAGUCCAUCGUCCUGGCAUACAGCUUUGCUGUCUCCAGUAAAAUGGUACGCCAGAUCCUCACCCUUUGCCCCCAACUCACAUACCUGGACCUAACCCAGACUGAUGUCACCGACUCUGCAUUCGACAGUUGGGCAUCUCUGGGUGCAUGUAGCUCUCUGAAACACCUGGACCUGUCUGGCUGUGAGAAGAUCACAGACCACACUCUGAAGAGGCUUUCCAUGGGCCUGGGUGACCUGACCUCCUGCUCCCUCCCCAUCAGGAGCCCAGAGCGCAAGGCCAAGCUGCUGGCCGGUCUCCCAUCUCCCAUCAAGCUCCAGCACGAGGUCCCUCCCGACUGCUCCAACGGCAGGGGCAGGCAGGAGCUCAUCUUCAAGAGGAGACCUGGCGGCCGAGGCAACGGCUUCGGACCGGCGCACGUUUGGGUGCUGGACCCGUCCGAGCUGGUCGACAUCGAGGAUGCGGCUGAGUGGAGCCGACGUGGGGGCGGUAGUGGGGGCCCGGCAUUGGAGGGCCCCGGCAGGCCCCUGGAGAUGCAGGUCGUCGGGGAGCAGUGUUGCUGCAGGAGGAGCCGUAAGCGAGGCUUCAGAACUGGUAAAAGCAGCAGCAGCGGCUCCCCCUACUGGCAGCAGCAGCCACUGCAGCAUGCAUCCUACACAGAUGCACAGUGUGGCCACUCUACCUGCUGUGGCGGAGACACCACCCUAAGGACUUCAAAUGGGGCCCAGUGCAGUCCUCCAGCCACAGGGGGCAGCGCUGGGUUUCGGACUAAGUGCCCUGCAGAGGGCCAGACUUGCCCUGGGCUUGGCAAACAGACUGACAAAUCAGACACCUUCCGCUCUCUCAGGUUCCUCAGUCUGUCCGGGUGCUAUCAGAUCACAGACCUGGGCUUGAGGGCUCUGUCUCAGCGUGGAGGCUUCCCGGUCCUGGAGCACCUGAACCUGUCGGGCUGCCUCUUCAUCACUGAGGUGGGACUGCAGGAGCUGGUGUCGGCCUGUCCGGCACUCAAUGACGAACACUUCUACUACUGUGACAACAUCAAUGUUACUCUGUGGCUUCUGACCUAGACACUUUCUGUCAUGUUUAAGGUAAGUAGUGACUUGAGUGACCUAAUGUUUUCAUUUCUAGAACUCUUACAUGCAGAUGCACAUUCCACACGAGAUGAAGUUGUAUCUUCAAAAGAGGACUCUGUGUCCUCUCCACAUGGUGUCAGAAUGUUUUUGUUGUUGUUGUUGUGGUUAUUGUUGUAGAACAUGCAUAGAACUUAAGAGGUCAGCUGUGCGCAAUUUGUUUCUGUUGAGAAGGGGGCCUUUUAUGUCUCUCUGGCGCCCCCUAAUGGCUGUGUGUUGCCACAUCUCUCUGCAGGUCCCCACGCGGACACGGCCAGCGGCUGCCAGAACCUGCAGUGUGGCUUCAGGGCAUGCUGUCGCUCUGGAGAGUAGAGUCCGCGCCCUCUUCCUCUCCCCUGUGUGUGUGCUCUCCCGUAGAUCACUCUCGCACCCCUCCUACUUGUACGUGCACUUUAAUCCAAGGAACACCAAUCGGCUGUGUUCCCUUUCUUUGAAGAAAAUGGUUUUCCAAUCUGCUAAAAUUCCGGAAAUGGCAUUUCCACUUGUAUCUCUCGAGAAAUUUCCUUUCUAAAUGGAGGGAGAGAAUAUCUGUAUGUACAGAUUGUUUGGAAGAUCUGUGAAGGUGUUAUAACCGGCUCCUUCUGUUCUCGUUUAUAGUGGGGGUGAGAUAGUGAUAUCAUCCUAUAGUUUGGGGCCUUCCUGCUUAAAAGAAACUCAUCACUUAACAUCACUGAGUUCAGUUUUUUUCCCUUAGGGACCCUUUCCAUCUUUUUUUUUGUCCUAAGUUCACUUACUAAUUCACAGCGUAGGUUGUAUUUUCUCAUAGAGUUCAUAGAUAUGCAAUAGGUGACCAUUUUAAACCUUCCGUCAUCUGUCACACAGAUAGUCAGCCCCCUUCUGAGAUGCGAUUGUUAAGCCCCCUAUUAGAUACACGCAAACCAUUCCCCUUCAGCUCAAUAUACUGUAGGUUACAUUUUAAGAUGGGAUAUCAAGGAAUUUGUGCUGUCUUAAUAAAUAGGGUACUAGUCUAAAUUCUGCCAUCAACUCAUUUCAAAUUACCAACACACCCAUUGGUGUGUUAUAAUGUCAUAGGCUCAGUUUCUGGAGUCAACCAAAUUGUUUUCCUCACUCCAUUAUCUGGUUUUGGAUGAUCAAAUCAUCAAAUGAUUUGUCUUGUUUUUGAAAAUUUUCAAUGAUUGAAUUGUACAUCCGGCUCUAAAGCAGUGUGUUGAUUCCAACUGAAUUGGGCAACAUUCAAAAUUGAAAUGUGUGAUUUAACAAAAGUUGAUUUCUAGUUUCAGGCCAAGUAAAUGUAAUCAUUUGUGAAGCACCAUUCAUGGGUUCAGAAUUAGAAUACCUAUCAUUCAGCUUAUGCAUGGGGAAAAACCUGUUUCAAUAAACCAUUUUAAAAGCUGAA